GUAAUAAUGUAGCGUGGAAUUAGACAAGAAUAUAUCAAAUCAAUAUACCAAAUUUGAAAGAAUAUACAAAAAAAUAACUAAUCAGUGGAUAAUGAGUAAUUAAUAAAUGUUUAUUAACCAAUAACAUGAGUUGCAUCCAUACAUAAUUAAUCUUAAAUAUCAAAAUACUUUGUUCAUAAAAACAAUUUCUAAGCCCCGCCUCUAUUUUUCCCUCUUCACCAGCCACGCCUUAGUCCCGCCCCCUCCAUGGCGACAUGUCAAUCAAAACUCGACCCCGCCCACCCUCGCUGCCUUCUUGCACGUCGCGCAAAAGAAAAAAAGAAAAAAAAAAAAGCAGCAGCGGCGGCCGUUGGGGAAGAGAGUAAAUAGAGAGAGAAGCCUCAAGAUGGCUGACUCGCAGGGCUCUGCUCACCUCUCCGGAGCUGCUGCUGCUGCUGCUACUGCUGCUCCCUCGGAAGCCUCCGUUAAAACCGAGGUGAAGGGAGCACCGGACAACCGCUCCCAGUCUUCCCGGGAUUUCAACCCGCCGCCGCCGCCCAAGAAGGUCCGAGUGGAGGAGCGGAGCGUAAAACCCAAGAAACUCAGCAGGGAAGCAGGAGUGGGAGGCAACGGUGGCGGCAAGGAGAAACUCCAGCAGCCCGCGAAGCAGCAGAGUUAUGGCAGCAGCAGCAGCAACAGCAGCGCGGGCUUGUGGAGCUUCAGCCCGGUCAAGGCGAACCACAACAACGGCAGCCCUGCGGUGCCUGGUCCCGGUGGAUCCCAGCCGCCGUCAAGCACACACAAAGUCUUCAAACAGAGCGAUUUCUUCCUCCACAAAGCGCCUUCUUCCUCCAAGCCCAAGAAACCAAGUAAAGACAAGCAGCGGGAGAAAGAGAGGGAAAAGGGGAAAGGAGGCGGAGAGGAGAAAAAGAAACACAAACUACAGUUGACCUCCGGGAGUAACGACAUCGGUAGAUUUAACAACAUUUCUGCAGUGAAGAGAGAAAAUGGAGAGGUCAUGUUGGUACCCAAAGAGCACUCCACCAAGGACAAGGCGAAGGAGAGAGAGCGGGAGGAGAGGGAGAAGAAGAAGGUCAAAGAACGGGAGAGGGAGAAGAAGAAGCACAAAGUGAUGAACGAGAUCAAGAGGGAGAACGGAGAAGUCAAGCAGCCCAUUAAAGAUGAAAAAGAAAAAGCCAAGAUCAACUCCGAGGAGCUGCAAAUCAAAAAAGUGAAGAAGAAAAAGAAGAAGAAACACAAAGAAGGGGAGAAGCACAAGCGAGUGAAGAUGUACCACCGCUCCUGCCAAACCCUUUGCGCGGGGCUGCUUCUCCUCCCUCCUUCCUCCUCGUCUCCGACCUCUCCUUCCUCUGAACCAACGCAACAUGCCUCCCUUUCCCCGUUCAAGUCCCCUCUACCCGUUUACCCUCCGCCCAACAACAAAACCUCCCACCACCCGGCUUCCUCUCCUCCUCUCGCUUCCAAAUCCCUCUUCAACUCCUCUCCUCACGACUCCCUCGACUCUCCGUCGUCCUCCUCCAACAGGAGCCCUCUCCCUUCCCCGAUCAAACACCACCCGCAGACCACCUACCCGGGCUUGGCGGGUCUGGAGUUCGCCCCGUACAUCCACAUAGAGAACCAGCCUAACGGAGGGGCGCUUGUCGCUCACGCCUACGCGUCCCAGCUCUCCUCUCUCUCCGCGGACCAGAGGCAGAGAUUCGCCGAGGAGUUCGUCACCUUGGCGUUCAGCGAGGACUCGUCGCAGGCAGCUCAUUACGUCAUGGGGAUCGUCCACGGAGAAGCCGAGUAUCUACCGGACUUCUUGGACUACUUCUCAUCCAAGUUCCCAUCGGCUCCAGUCAAAAUGGAAAUACUGGGGAAGAAGGACAUAGAAACCACCACUAUGGCUAAUUUCUACUCUCAGGUGAAGAAAACCUACAGUCACGGUACAUACAGAGCUGGGGCCAUGAGGCAGAUCAGUCUGGUGGGAGCCGUGGACGAGGAGGUUGGGGAUUAUUUCCCAGAAUUCCUCAGCAUGCUGGAGGAGUCAACUUUCCUGAAGCGGACUCUUCCGUGGGGAACGUUCUCCAGCCUAAAACAGAUGAGUCCCACGGAGAGCGACGACGGCCCCAUAAUGUGGGUCAGACCGGGAGAGCAGAUGAUACCUGUAGCCGAUAUACCAAAGUCUCCUUUCAAAAGAAAACGCUCCACCAAUGAGGUGAAGAACCUGCUGCAGUCGCUGCCAAGGACCAGCGAGCCCAGAGAGAUGCUGUUUGAGGAUCGGACUCGGGCCCACGCUGAUCACAUCGGACAGGGCUUCGAGCGCCAGACCACGGCGGCUGUGGGGGUGCUGAAGGCUGUGUGCGCCGCAGAAAGCUCGGAGCCUCCUCGUGUAACCAAAGAUGUUGUGUGUUUCCGUGCUGCCGACUUCAACUAUGUGGUUCAGAGACUGCAGCUGGACUUAUACGAACCUCCGCUGUCUCAGUGCGUGCAGUGGGUGGAUGAUGCCAAACUAAACCAGCUGCGACGGGAGGGCAUUCGUUACGCCCGCAUCCGCCUGUGCCACGAUGACAUCUACUUCAUCCCCCGCAAUGUGGUCCACCAGUUCAAGACCGUGUCCGCCGUCUGCAGCCUGGCGUGGCAUGUCCGCCUACAGCAGUACCACCAACCAGAAGGAAAGGAAGAGGAGGAAGAGGAGUUGAAGGAGAAAGACGUGAGAAAUGAGGAAGGGGAGGGGAGGGAAAAGAAAGCAGUGAAGGAGAUGAUUAAGGAGGAGGAAGAGGAGGUGGGUGUGGCGGUAAACAGGACGAAUGCCAAAAAAGAGGAAGAGGAUGAUCGACCUCCGCAUCCACCUCCUUUAUCUCACCCGACUCUCUCGGUGGACUCGGACCGCGCCGGAGACGGAGACGGAGAGGCCGCGACGCAAAGGACAAAAGGAGACGGAAAACACAAACAGCCGAAGGAAGAAGCUCCUCCUCCUUCGCCCUGCAAGAAUAAAUCACCUUCGCCUCUUUCUCCGCCGCCUCCUGCCUCUCACCCUCAUCAUCAGGACUCAAAACCAAAAGCAACAUCAAAACACCAUCAUCACCACUCGGACAACAGAACUAUGUCUUCCAGUUCCUCUUCCUCCUCAGCUCCCAAGUCAUCUCCUUCUCCACCCUUUUCUAAGUCUUCCACCUCUUCAACAUCUUCACCAGGAUCUGCUGUUACCUCUUUGCACUCUUCUUCUUCUUCUAUGGCCCCCCAUCCACCCUCUACCUCUUCUUCUUCUACUACUGUUUUGUCCACGCCUUCAUCCCCGUCUACUCUCAAACCUGCAGCCGACCCUCACCUCUCCACUCUCUCGUCACCUCCCUCGUCCCAGUCGGAUCAACCCGAGGAUAAAGACUCUCUCCACCUGAAGACGGAUGUCUCCUCAGUCCCACGGACGCAGUCAGAAAAUCAGGCGCCGCUUGCCGUGGACGUACAAACACAUGCCUCCCAAGCGGACACACGGACGCACACGGUGGCCGACACGCGGACACAAACACUACCAGAGACAUGGACUCUUUGGUCGGACUCUGACUCCAGGACACCUGUGGAUUUGCCAACACGUCCGCCGCAGGACGCCACGAGGCAAGGACUUUACAGGCAGCAAUACGCGCCCCACCAUCACCUCCCCCCUCCUCCUCCUCCUCCUCCUACCCUCCCUCACAUCCUCCCUCCCUCUUUCUCGCCUCUGCUGCCCCACUCCCACCUCCCCCACAGACCUCCCGUCCUCCCCACUCAAACACUAAACUCUUUCCUCGGCCAGAGCGCGCCGCCUCACUCGGUCCACAUGCACCAACCCGGCAUCACCACACAGCCCCAGACGUAUUUCCAACCUCAACCAAACGCGGCGCCCGCCGGCUGCACGUCCCUCCCUCCUCACCUUUCUCACCCGCACCAGUUUGCCAAAACCUUCUUCCCCCAUCAGCACCCGGGAUUCAGCCCUCCCCCCUUCCUCGCCUCUCAGCCCUUCCUCUCACAGACGCCCGGCUCUUACCCCCUGCAGCCACAAUACCAAACAUCAGCACCUCUGCAGGUUCAGCACCCCCUCACCUCGCAGUCGUUCCCUCACCCACCUCCUCCUCCUUCCUCCUCACCGCCUCCCCCUCCUCCCCCUCCUCUUCCACCUCCUCCUCAGCCUUCCCCUUCCAUCCUCUCCCCUCCUCCGAAGCAUGAAGAGGAGCAAAGGCAGAUUUUAUAGUAGUUUUUUGUACAUAGUGCUUUUUAAAUAACUGUACUGUGUGUACAGGGUUUUAUUUUGGUUGUGUUGUUGUAAAACGAUGUAAAAAAAAAGGAAAUAACGACGGUGGUGCAUAUUGGUUAUGGACACAGUAUCAUAGUUUAUUAAGCAAAGCCGGACUCGUUACGUCCCAGACCCGCUGGACUCAACAGGCUCAGAUUGUACCGAGGUGUUUGGCCGUGCACAGGUUUCAAAACUACAUUUUUGAAGGAUGCACCAGAAGAGAUUAUCGAGGCUCGUGGUUAAAAUGAGCUCCGCAGUUUGCCAAACUGCUGGUCUGGUCCAGUGUUUUGGGGGUUUUUUUUGUUUUUGUUUUUUUGAAGUGAGCAUGAAUAUCAGAUUAUCCGUGAGCCGUCAGAUGUAGGACGAACAUUUCUGUCAGAUAUUUAUAUUUAAAAAGGUCACGAGGAGUGGCCUUUUUGUGAACCUUGCAGCUAAUGCUUCCAUUUUUGUGGCUUUUUUUCUAGUAUGUUCUCUGUGCCCAAGACUGUUUCUGGAAUAUCGAUGGCUCACACGAUGAUAUUAGACGAUACAGUGGCGUAUUGUUGUAAUAUGUAUUACUACAUUUCCUCUUCUGCACUCUAUCGUUACAAUUUAUCACAGGAGUUGUCCCUAGUAUUGUAUUUUGAGCAAUAAUGCUCUGCAAUAAUCUGCAGACAGACAGCUGCGUUUUCUUGUUAUUGAUAUGACGACAGCACUUGAUACAAAACCAACGAGGAGGGAGCUUAACUAAUGUGUUCCAGUGUUAUAUUGACGGACAAGAAUGUUUUUUGAGUUUGUCAGUGCUACUAAAUAACCAGUCAUCCGUUAAGAGUCACACUUUAAAGUAUUGAGGGCGUCUUGUACCUGUUGUCGUCGUCACCAGAGGCAGAGCUCUUUGCUGGGGCUUUUAUUUUAGGCUCUGUUACCGGGAUUUUCUCAAUUUGGAAACACUUGCUCGUCAGCCAGACCUCCAGAGUCUCAGGAAAACACACAUUCAUUCACAGAUAUACUGAAGUCCUGAUCCAUUGGUUUUAAUGGAUAGUACACAGCUCUAGGUAAACAAGGCAGCACGGCAGAUUAAAAGUUUGCCAUCAUCUGGACAACAGGAUUAAAAGCAAUAUCACAGAUUAGGUCAAGACUCUUUAGGGCAUCUUUUAAUGGAUAUACAGCGUCUGUGUAAAUACAGGCGAGAGACUUAAAAGGGAUGGGCAUCGAUAAGAUUUGAUUGAUACCGAUUCUGCUUAUCGAUCCUCCUGUGAGUUUUGGUUUGGAAAAAGGAAGCGUUUUGUGGUUUCGUGUAAACAACAGAGAUAACGAGAGAUAAGAGCUUGUGUAAGUAAACAAAUAGGAAAUUGGUCACUGGAUCCUCACUAGCACCGCUCUGCUGAAACUUAGCGAUAGCCGCAGUUGUUGACCGGAGAUCGUCGGAACACAUGACACUUUCGGUAUUUAAUACGUGCCUCGUCAGCAGAUACUUCAAAUGUCGGUGCUGUUUCCGCCCCGUGUUUGAAAUCACGGCGGUGUAUAAGUUGCACGUUUCGCUGUUACAGUCCUUCCUGGUGAAGUGAAGCCACACUUGGGAACGUUUCUGUCUUUCCGCCAUCGCGUCUUCACGAUGUGACGUAAAGACGUAAAGAUUCAGCAGGAAACGAGUCGAUAAGCAUGAAGGCUAAUGAUAUCGAUGAAUUGAACCGGUCGAUGCUCAUCCUGAGUAGUUAAUCCCAGUUUAUGUCAGAUUAUCGACAGGGAAAUUUCAGGUUCUUCCAAGACUUCUACGACUUCUUCACCUUUUUUUUCUUUAUCAUUAUUAUUAUUAUUAUUAUUAUUCUUUAUUGACACAUGCUUUAAGACACUUUGAAAACAGCUGGUACACUGUUGAGAGCUCACUCCCAAAGCACUAUUUAUCUAUUAACCUGAAGUCCAGUUUCUCUACAGUGUGGAGCGACCUGUCUAUAAAAGGUUUUAUUUAUCAACGGGGGACGGACCCCCCCGGCUUUUAAAAGUACAAUAAAUUAUUGAAAGUUCAUUUUUGAGCAGCAGAUAUGAAGAGUAUAUGUUUCUCAAGAGGAGUCAAAACUCUUCCGUCUCAGUGCAUAUCCCACAUGUGUGGAGCUUAGUUGUUUUUUUUCUUUUCUUGUGAUUUUACUGUCAAUAUUGGAGUACAGCCCACUUGCUAAUGUAGCCCACGACAUUUCCCCAGUGCCUGUCCUUAACUGUGAACUGCUAAAAGGUCCAGAGACAUACAGCGAAAGAGUUCUGCACCUCUCGCAAGGAGUUUUAAGUUCUCACUGGAAAAAUGAGAGCACAGCCUUAAAUUUGGUGUCUGAAAAACUGCUGAAACCUCUCCAGAUAUCUGCGGUUGAAGCUAGGAUGGCUCAGUGGAAUGAUAUCCUAAAAGCAGGGUUGUAUUUUUCUCAAUUCGUCUCACCACAAGCCUAAAAAAAAAAAAAAAAAAAAAAAAAGUUGGAAAAGAAAGAUAACGCCUUAGCUUUUUUUUUUUUUAUCAGUUUGCCUCAAAUGACUCCUUUUUUCAGAGACAGAACUCUGGACUGUGUGGCUCUGGGGAGAAGGAGGUGAUAAUUAAGCACUUGAUAUCAGUUGUAAGGCGCUCUCUGCAGCUCUUUUUAUGCUUCUGGGUUUUAGAUGUUACAAAAAAAAAAAAACUCACACACACGACAGGAACUCAUAUAUUUUUUGUACAAAUGUGACAAAGAUAAUGUUUGAAAACAGAAGAAAAAGUCUUCAGGGGCUUGUGGUGUUUUCACAGAGUUUAUUUAUCUCGAGUUUCCUUUUUUGUUGUUAUUUUCAACUGUCAGCACUGUAGUGUACAUAAGACGUUUUGUAAAGAGGAAAAAACAACUUGUAGUGUGGUUUCUACUUUAAAUAUGAGCCUAGCUAAUAAAAGGUUCGCCGUAUGUUAA